CUUGUUGAAGGUAGAAGGAGCAGACUCUGAGGGGCGCAUCCAUUCUCCUGGGGUGCACAAGGCACCAAGGCGAACAGAUACCCCAGCUCCUUGCAUUGAAUGUGCCAAAAGUCUUCCUGCGGGCUGCUCGGGGUGACACAGCCCAGGUCUACCUGGCUGAAGCCGUGCUGUGGGAAGAGAGCAGCCGUGUGGCAGGUAUUUUUGCUCAGUGCGAGUCUCAACAGUUUCCUGGUAGCCUGUGUAAUAUUGGUGGUGAUUCUCCUGACUCUGGAACUUCUAAUAGAUAUAAAGCUUCUCCAGUUUUCCAGCGCAUUCCAAUUUGCCGGCAUAAUUCACUGGAUCAGUCUGGUCAUUCUUUCUGUGUUCUUCUCAGAGACUGUUCUGCGGAUUGUGGUGCUUGGGAUCUGGGAUUAUAUUGAAAACAAAAUCGAGGUGUUUGACGGGGCUGUGAUCAUCCUGUCCUUAGCCCCAAUGGUGGCGUCCACCGUGGCCAAUGGGCCCAGGAGCCCCUGGGAUGCCAUCAGCCUCAUUAUCAUGCUCCGGAUCUGGCGGGUGAAGAGGGUCAUUGAUGCUUACGUCCUGCCGGUGAAGGUGGAGAUGGAGAUGGUCAUCCAGCAGUACGAGAAGGCCAAGGUCAUCCAAGAUGAGCAGCUGGAGAGACUGACGCAGAUCUGUCAGGAGCAAGGGGUAACACCCUGCCACUUCCGGUUCUGUUCAGGGCCCAGGGUCCCGGUGGUGCCCAUAAAGCCACAGGAGGCCAGAACUGCAGGGCCCCCCCAAGGACACAUGGGGAACCUAAGGCCCAGAGAGUGGGAAACCAGUCUCUUAAGGUCACUCCUGCUCAGCCUAGCCAGGCCUGGGCUCGGCACCGACUCCUAGGUCGGGGUGCUUUUUCUUUGUACCACAGUGACCAGUCAGCUCUCCAGCCUGAGCCAGCCGAGUCACCGACUCAGUUCAUCAGAGUCUUCUCGACACAGUGGUCUCUAGAGCAGGGGACAACUUCCUGUCUGCAGAGGUUGCUGGGCGACACUGUGGGCCAGUCACCACCCAGGACCCCCAGACACCCCCAAAGAGGUGUUAACAGUUCUCUGUGCUUCCCAGGAGCCGUGGGGAAGACAGAGAGGUGACAGGCCCCGUGAGGCCAUGCUCAGCAGAGCCAAGGGGGCGGGCAGCUGGGUCCUGCAGCAAGGCUACAAAGCUCUGUAGAAACACAGCCUCCAGGGAACGAAUGAUCUGGUACCCGGUAUGCAAGGUGGGAAUGCCAUAGAGGGGACCAGCUAGCAAGGUGGUAGAAAGUGUGGAGGAGAAUAGACGAACUGACAUAUAUGGUCAUUCUGGCCUCUCCGUUGCAUUCUGGGGAAACAACAGGGCCACUGCCCUUUGCUCUGUGAGCCACAUAAGCUAUGCCCCCCACCCUUAGUCCCCAGGGCCAGUCCAGGCAUAGUAUGCCCCAGCUACUUAUCCCGUGUGGGGCUCAGCACUCUGGCUUGCAGUGCAGUGGUGCUGGACACCCGUCAGUCCCUCCCCCUGCCCCACUGCCAAGCACCUGGGCACUCCCCAUGGGGUCUGAGGGCCUCACGCGUCUGCCUAGCUUGUCAACGUCAUACCUCCUUCAUCUUGUACAUAAACACUCUGACCGAGUCAGACGGAGUCACCUGCCCUUCUGACAAGCCCCGUGCCAUCCCAUCCCUUCGUUCUGGUUGUGCUGUGCCCCUUGCCUGAACCCUUGCCAGCCCUGCCUAACUAAUUUGUGUGCAGCCUGCAAGUCCUGGCUUUUCCACUAAACACGGCACUCCCCUCCCGCAGCAGUCGCUGCUCCCUUACUCCCCAGCCCUUCUGUGGGCCUCCACAGAGCACUGGGCACUCGCUGCCGUGGGCUCUGGUUACCUGCACGCGGGACUGCUUCUCCUGCUGAAUGGGAUGCUCCCCCAGGGCAGGCCUCGUCUGACUCACAUUUGCCCUCAGCCCAGCGCCCGUUCGUGGUGGGUCUCCUGGCUCCUCCACCCCAACCUCUCCUAGCUGGAGGAAGAGCUGGAGGGAGUGGGAAACCUGUGGAAUGUCAGCACAAAUUAAUCCCUAGAAAUGUCCCACAGGAACAGGCACACAGAGUCUUCAAAAUCAUCUCCUUGGAAUGUCUGGCAGGGAGCCAGAUCUUUUUAUCUACUUUGGGAACACCAUGGCCUUUCAUUUCAGCACAACAUGCUUAUGAGUGACAAGAGGGGACACCAGGGGACACAGCCCUCAGGAGCGCAUCAUCCGUGGGAUCCUGGGUGUGGGGCAGUCUUUACAGGAUUGUGGACCUGGGAAGACCAGUGUUCUAGUCCCAAAGUGGCUGGCAUCAGCUUCAUUCUCCCCCGUGCAUCUGGUCCACCAGCACCAUCCCAACCUGUGCUGGGCACUGGGGGCACUGCUGUGGAGAGGAUUUGGCCCCUACCCCCAGGAGGCUCUGGGUGACUCGAGUCUGGCAGGCCCAUAAAUAAACGGGCAGUCUGGUGCAUGCAUGUUUCAGCAGGGACAAGUCUGGGGUUCUGCACGCCAGGGCUCGGGGGCAGGGGAGUGGAUGGGUUUCUAGAGGAGCCGACGUUGGGCAGGGCCACUUGGAGAAGGGUGCCUGGCAGAGGGGACAGGUGAGGCAUUAGAGUGGGUGUCGUACCAGGGGAGCUCAAGGCCAUUCAGGGUAUGAGCAGAGAGAGGAGGUAGGAGGAUCUGGAGGCAGGCUUGGGAAAGGCCUACGUGGCUGACCAGGGAAUUUGGGCU